GUGUAUAUAAAUGUAUAUCUGCUCCGUUCUCCCAUCCUUUAUUCCUUAAAAAUAUAUAGCAAUUAUUAUCUAGUGUGUUUAUCCUUCCCCCUCUCUCUCUCGUUCUCUCUGUGGAUCUCUCUUUCUCGUGUUUCAUUCGAUUUCUAUAGUUACAGUAGCAGAUCAGCAGGAAAAAAAGUGGAUGGCAGCCAACCCAGAUGCGCCUGAGGCAUCAUCACUCUUGGAGCAACUGGAAAGUGUGAGGAGCAGGGAUCUAUCUCUGCUUCUUCCCAUCAUACUGGGUUUAUCGAGUAGCUCUCCGACGAGAGAACCCAGUAGCGAUUCAGAUCAAGAAAGUCAGGGAAGGAGUGUGGAGCGUAUCAUACUCAUAAACCCCAUCACCCAGGGUAUGAUCGUGAUCGAAGGGGGCAGGAGCUUGGAAUCUCUGCUUCGAGAUGCCUUGAGCAAAGAAGGGUUGCCACCGGCAACGAAAGCAUCCAUCGAGGCGAUGCCGACGGUAGAAAUUACCCAAGAGGAUUUGGGUAAAGAGUGUUCGAUCUGUUUGGAUGGAUGGGAGAUUGGUGGGGAGGCGAAGGAGAUGCCCUGUAAGCAUAGGUACCAUGCGGGUUGUAUAGAGAAGUGGUUGAGGAUGCAUGGGUCUUGCCCUGUUUGCAGAUUUGAGAUGCCGACUGACGAAGGGGAGUGUAGGAAGAGAGGCCGUGGUGAUCAUGAUGUCGAUGGUGAAGAUGAGGAAGGGAGAGAGAGGAGGGCUGAGAGGGGAGAGAUUUGGGUCUCUCUCUCUUUUUCUAGCAGUAGCGGUGGCAACAGGGAUUCUGCAACUGAGUCUGGAACAUCAAAUAAUUCUAACAGCGAGGAGAAUUAAGCUUUUUGGGACUUUUUUUUUUUUUUUCCUUCCAUCUUUUUAUGGGGAAAGUGUACAGGAAUAAGCUGGCUUGUUAAGAAAGCAAUAAAUUUUUUUUUGAGAUUCUUCUUUUAUGUUUUUGUGGUCUGUUCACACUUCACACGCUGUAUAGAAGGGAACAUAGUUGGAUUCCUCAGAAGAAAUUUCUCCUUGCGUUUGUAUUAUUUUGCUGUGUCUUCUGUUUUCUAAAGGAUAAUGCAAUUUUUUUGCUGCAAA